AGUGACUCAGCCACAACCUCCCACGAUGUAGCAACCAAGCAAAACCACAAAACCACACAAACCUUACUUUUACUUUUGUUGGGGAUCCUAUUACAGACCAUGUUAGAAUCCAUAACCAUCUUCAACAAGGGCGGUCUGAUCUUGUAUCAGUACCGUGCAAGUCCGUCGCUGUUGGGUGCGGGAGAAGGAGCGGCCAAUUCGGCUGCCUUGACGGAAUCGAAAUUGAACGAUUGGCUCCAACAGACCAUGCUGGGUCGCAAACAAGUUACAGCCGUAGAACAACGCCACGAGAGCAUGGCCGCCGUGACUGCAGCGGCGCGGAGUAUUGCUGUCUUGGUGGAGAGUGUUUCCGAAAAAGACAAGUUUGCCGUCGCCUUGUAUCCCGAUAUUCUCUUUGAAGGACCGCGCAGUUACAUGAAGGGAUGGAUUCAAGCGUUGCUACACAAGUGUUUGCAGGAAUAUGCAUUGUAUGAACAGGCCAUGCUGUUGAAUCUACAAGAUCAAGAGGAUCAAGAUCACUUGGCCACGUUAUUGCCCAUGUGUCCCGAUCCCAAAGGAUUCGAUAAAACCUUUCAAGCCUUAUUGGAACAAUCCAAGCAACAAAAAAGCAAUCUUCAGCAACAGCCACCAUCAGCAGACAAUGCUGCAGACAAACCAUCUACCACCACCACCACAACUGCUAGUGCCAAUAAUAAAAAGGGAAAAGAAAAGAGAACGUGGGGAGACGCCAAAGUGACGAAACAAGCCAUGGCCCAAUUGGACUUUUCCAAGCCAGACAGUCACACGGCCAACAACACGAGCAAUGACAAUAACAAUUCCAUUAUGGAUCCCUCCGAACAAGCCAUUGCCGAAGCCAGAGCGGCAUAUUUGCCCAAUUUCACGCAAGACGACGAAGAGGAGGAAGAAGAAACUCCCACUUUGAAGGACGACGACAAUUCCUGGGGAUCCUCGUUGCAAUCCGUUUUUGGGCAAAUGACGGGCAAUAAAAUACUCACAGCACAAGAUUUGAAAGUGCCGUUGGAAGAAAUGCAGAAAUUGCUCACCACCAAAAAUGUGGCCCAAUCCGUUGCCAAGGAAAUUUGCGAUUCCGUACAAACACAACUCGUCGGAAAACGAUUGAAUUCCUUCUUUCGCGUCAAAACGGCCGUUCGACAGGCAUUGGAAGCUGCCAUUACCAAAAUAUUGAAUCGAGGACGCACGUCCAAAGAUGGCAAUCUCGAUAUCAUUCGCGCUGCCAUGACCAAGACCCAAAAAGGCAUGUUUGCUUCUUCCUCUUCUACAAAAACAAAACCCUACGUCGUUGUAAAUGUCGGUAUUAACGGCGUGGGCAAAUCCACAUCACUCGCCAAAUUGGCCUAUUACUUUCAAUCCCAUGGACUCAAACCACUGCUCGUUGCCGGAGAUACCUUUCGAUCGGGAGCCGUCGAACAAUUGAAUGUCCAUGCCAAAUGCCUCCAAGUCCCAAUGUUUCAACAGGGAUAUGCCAAAGAUCCCAGUGCCGUGGCCAAGGCUGCCAUUGCCCAAGUCAUGGCACAAGACGAUGAUAAUGACGACAAUGAUAAACCCAAUGUCGUCUUGAUUGAUACGGCCGGACGCAUGCAAAACAAUGCCCCCCUCAUGGCGGCAUUGGGGAAACUCGUCACGGAAACACAACCCGAUUUGAUCCUACUGGUAGCAGAAGCACUGGUCGGCAAUGACGGUGUCACGCAAUUGCAAAUGUUCAAUCGGGCCAUGCAAUCCGCCCAACGACAAAUUGAUGCCGUCAUUUUAUCGAAAUUCGAUACUGUUUCCGAUAAAGUCGGAGCGGCACUCACACUGACGCAUAUUACCGGAGCGCCCAUUUUGUUUGUCGGAACGGGACAAAAAUAUCAUCAUUUGAAACGAUUGCAAGCGGCGACUGUCAUUCAGAGUUUGUUUGCGUAA